AAAAUACAGAUCGAGCAAGAGACGUGAACCCGGGGCAAUGAAUAAUAAAGGACAGUACCCUGCUGCCCCAGCCUACCCAUCCCAGACUCCAAAUCCUCAGUCAGUGUACCCACCAACCAUGCAUCUGCCACAGGCUCCUCCUUAUACAGAUGCACCUCCAGCUUAUUCUGAGCUCUACCGAUCUGGGUAUGUGCAUCAAGCAGCAGCUAAUAUGGCCCCUCUGUCUGCAGCUUACCCCCCCAGCACAUCAAUGUAUCUUCCUAUGGCUCAGGCUAUGCAAGUUGCACCAAUGGCCUCAUCAGUACCUAUGGCUUAUUACCCUAUUGGUCCUGUGUACCCACCUGGCUCCACAGUCAUUGUUGAAGGGGGCUAUGAUGCAGGCGCUAGAUUUGGUGUUGGUAGCUCCCCAUCUGUUCCACCACCUCCACCGGGCUGCCCCCCGAAUGCGGCUCAGCUGGCUGCCAUGCAGGGUGCAAAUGUAUUGGUCACACAGAGGAAAGGCAAUUACUUCAUGGGUGGCUCAGAUGGUGGCUACACCAUUUGGUGAGAUGGAACCAGAGGCAUGAAAACAGGGGUUAAAAAGCAAAAAUAAAACAAAAAAAAUAAACAUAAUACAAUGGGCUAGCCUUUGUACAAGGAAUGGCAUCUCACCCUGUGAGCACUUCCCACAAUGUUCUGCUUUAGAAUAUUAACCCAGAUUUGCUGUUUAGUCACGGAUGUCGUGGGAUGUCUUCCUGGUGCUCAUUCUUUAAGUACUCCUACUAUAUAUUAAAGGAGGUCCUUUUAAUAAGGAAAGAAAAUGCUUUGCAACCCUUUAAAACACCUCUAACCUCUUCCCAUGCACCUUCACUUAAUAAUAAACUUUCAAAUUACAGGCUGAUUUUAGGCUCACCGAGUCCUUUAGAUGAGGGAUGGAAGGACUGUGCGUUAGGAGUAAUAUUUGAAAUAACUGAGAAAUUGUUGUGCUUUAUAACUGUUGCUGGCUUUGGAAUAGGACACAGCUGUAUUAAUAACACCUAGGACUGCAUAUUGUAUCUUUUAAAGAAAGCAAAAUGAAAUGCCUAGAUAGACAAAUAUAUUUGGCCUCUAUUGCUGAAUGUCCUAUCAUCAUUUCUCUAUGUAUUUCAGAAAGUCCUAUUUCUUUUCAAUCCCCAGAUUUCAGAUAUAUGCAUCUUGUUUCUGUCUUCUGCAAGUCAACCAUUUGUUUUUUAAUUUCUGAAUGCUGCUUGAAACAAUUUCUGCUUUUCAGGGUUAUUUGCCCUUUUAAUUAGCAGCAUGAUAGAAUAGUUGGAUAUUGUAGAGAUUAGCAGUUAGACUACACACGAGGGUGCUAUAUUAUCAUUUUCAGAUGCAAAUCAUAUAACUUACAAUACUUAAUAAUACUAUAUAUUUUUUUUUGUUAAAAUGAUUUUAGGUUUAACUACUGGUGUUUCUCAAGUAGCACUGGGAAAUGGAAGUAAUAGGCAAGGCUGCUAAGCAUGGUGCUUUUUGUGCCUUUUCCACCAAAUAGCGUAUAUAAUAAGCCAGCCUAAACACAUUUUCUGCUCACCUCUUAAAUCUAAAUUAUUUGUUCUUCUAAAGGGAUGGUGUUUUGGUCAAGGAAUGGUAAUUCAGCAACACUUUAUUUUUUAAGUAAUUUGCCAACCUACAUAAAUGUAUAAUGCAUACUUUUAUGAAAAGAAUGAACAUGUAUAUAUGUUUUUGGAGGUCAGACUUAAGAACCACUGACAGCUUAACAAGUGCAAAGAGUUAUGAGGCCUGACAUGCUUCUUUACAGUGUAAAAGACAAGAGUUAGACUUGUGGGUGUAGUAAUGCAUUUUUGAAAUGGAAUAUGAUUAAAGAUCCUUUUGAUACCCUG